AUGAAGAAAGUAGCACUAGUAUUUUAUAUUUUACGAUCACUGGUAUGCGUUUUAGGACACUUGGAUCAUCCAUAUGAAGUAGAAUGCCCCAACUAUCCUCUUAUCAGAGAGGCUAAAAAUGAACUAUGUUGGGAAGAGAAGCUUUAUUUGCAAGAAAACUUGAAACAUACUUCAAAGCAUUUAACUCAGUUUUUGAAGUCUCUAAAUCAUUCAAUGUUUAAUGAAAGAAUUAUACAUUAUAUUGAAAGAGAUAGACCUAGAAUAGGUUUAGCCAUCUCAGGGGGAGGAUAUCGGUCAAUGUUGACUGGUACAGGUUUCUUGCAGGAGAUGGAAAACAUUGGGUUAUACAAUUGCUUAAAUUAUGUUUCAGGCUUAUCUGGUGGGAGUUGGGUCUUAAUGGAUCUGGUACUACAUAAUUUUGAAGUCAAAAAUCUCAUAAAAGAUUGGAACUUAAACGACAGCCUUUUAAGAGGAAUACCUGAGAUCGAUAUAAAGCAAAGAGAUAUUAUAUCAGGAAUUAAUCAAUCUGAAAUUUUUGAUGGAAUACGUGCAGUAAAGAGAGACUAUGUGGAAUAUGAACCUGACUUUAAUAUUCUAAAAAAUGGUAAGAAAUUUUCACCUUUAUUAAAAGUUAAAGAACUUAUCUUACAGUCUAUUAGAGGACGAGGAAAACUUACAAAUACCCCCCAGGAUAAAAAUACUUCGAUAAUUGAUUCAUUUAAAAAUGUUCAACAGAUUGUAAAAUUCUACAUAGAAUUACACCAUAGUGUUCGUCCUAAAAGGGUUCAAGGAUUUCAAAUAUCUUUUACUGACUACUGGGGGAAAGCCUUGGGAAAGCGACUCAAAGGUAAUAUUCUAACUUCGAAGCCAAGUAGUUCAUUUUCUGAUAUGGCUAGAAAUUCUCCAUCUUUUAUGAAAUUCCAGGCUCCCAUACCUGUUUUCAUUGCAAAUUGUAGGAAUGGGCUAUUAAAAAAUGUAAUAUUUGAGUUCACUCCUUUCGAAUUUGGAUCUUGGGAAUCUAUGCUAAGACUGUUCGUUAAGAUUCCAUAUCUAGGUUCUGAUAUAGUAGGAGGAGAAAGUCUAAAAUGUUCCAAAGGAUACGACGAUCUUGGAUACAUAACUGCAACAUCGUCAUCUGUUUUCAAUAACGUAUUACUGUAUAUAUGGGGGCAAGUAUCUAAAUCAUCAAAGGAAACAAUUAAAGCAAUGAAGAUAAUAAUGAACACAAUUGGUUUAACAGCAGAGAAUCAAAUUCCUAAAAAUGAGCAAAGACAGCCUUUAGAGACAUAUUAUGCACUUUAUCAGAACAAUCCCUUUUAUAAAUUUCCAAACAUUAAUAAUGAACUAACCGACAAGGACUAUUUGUAUUUAGUCGAUGGUGGUGAAGACGGUGAAAAUAUUCCUUUGAGGACACUGUUAAUACCAGAACGUCAAUUGGAUGUUGCAUUCAUAAUAGAUUCAAGUUCUGAUUUGAAUAAUUUCGCCAAUGGAACUAAAUUAAAAAAUGUGCUUAAGCAAUUAAAUAAGGAACAUGAGGUCUACGAACCGCUUGGCCCUGAAUUUAAAUUAACGGAUCAUCCUGUAGCGAUAGGCUGCGAAACAAAAUACACAAAAGAUGGGAAAACAUUACCUAUAUUGAUUUAUAAUACAAAUAAAGAUAUGGUUUAUCCUUCGAACACAUCUACAUUCAAGAUAACCUAUAGUGAAGAAGAAGCAUUGGGAAUGAUCAAUAAUGGUAGACAAAUAUUUACUGACAACAAUAAUCCAAACCACAAUAAAUGUUUGGGGUGUCUGAUAAUAAAGAGAACCUUAGAUAGAAACAAAGGAAAUAUAGAAAUACCAAUAGAAUGUUUGGACUGUUAUGAACAAUAUUGCAUUUCAUAA